GAGUCCCUUUAGGAAACAGUUCACUCCACUAGACCGGCGUGUUACGCUUAAACGUCUUGAGCGAUGUGGGAAAGUCUCCUGGAUUUUGCAGAUUUAUUUACCUUACUUUUCUAAAGAGCCCUGAAACGGUUAAUCUCCUUCCCGGGGGCCACUCCGCCCAAGUGUCCCUCCUGUGCACGAAGCAGGAAGAGAAUUUCACUUUCGACGAGGACGACAUUUUUUUCUGCUUUGGUCUUCGUACUGUGAAUCUUCUUCUGAUUUUUUUUAUUUUUAACUAAUCCUACGCAUUGAACCAUGGAAACACCUGUAGUUGAAUUUGAAGAUAUCGAUGGAUUACGGCAAACCCUGUCCAGCUAUAAGCCUGGAUCAACACGAAACCUUGUUGGCCAUGGCUUCAGUAGAUGUGUCUGCAACUCUUUGGCCUAGGGGGCGAUGGAAAAUCCUCACUAAUUAACUCUUGCCUGUGUGUGGUCCACAACUUGCCGUUCAGCAAUGAAGCUGGUGCAGGAACAUCCUCGGACUCCUUUACCACAGCGAGAAAUGAGUACAAACUGACAGACACGGUCUACAUCACCGACAACCGCGGACUAAAUAAGCAGACGAAAGACGAGAGAUUGGAGCUUUCAGCACAGUUACGUAAUUUGCGGUCCCCAUCCAAAGUGGAUUGGAACUUUGAACUGGAAAGAACAGUAAAUCAACUUGAAGAGAGAUACAAUUAUUCUACGGAUUUCAUAGUGCCAGUAUGGGUAUACAGUUUUGACCGGCCAUUGAGUAAAGAUGCAGCAAAUGAAUUUAGCCUUUUACUAAGAGAUGCCUUUGAAAUAACUGGAAUUUUUCCUGUUGUGGUUCUCACAAAAUCUAAAGGAAAAUACACAGCCGGAGUACUGAAAGAAAUGGAAAACCUGGGCUGCCAACACAUGCAGGUUCUCAAUAAUUACACUACAGCCAACUCUACUCGAAGCGCGGAGACCGACUCCGAAGUCCUGAGGUUCCUGCACAUGUGUCUGCAGGAGGCCGACCGAGGGAUUCAGAAGAAGAAAAACCUAACGAUGCAGUGGGAGUUCUUAAAGCAGGCGGCCGAUCAGAUCAAAGCCGAGAUGAAGAGACAGAAAGAGCUGGAGGAGUUACAAGCCGCCAUUAAACAGAAAGAGCUGAGUCGUUUAAUGCUCAAGAAAUAAUGCAGACGGAGACAAAGAAAGUCAUAAAGCGGGAGAGGUUGCGAGUUUGAUUAACGGCUCCUGAUACCAGUGUGGGGGGUUUGCAUUUAUAUAAUUUUAUCAUCCAACUUUUUAAAAUUACUGCAGAUGUUAAAUAUUCUGUCAUUAAGCUGAUCAUUUACAAAUGUUCUUGUUUGUCAAGAUCUCUGCUUGCGGUCAUUCCAUUGAAAUCUUCAGACAGAAGCGCAGUGCUCGCUAUAGUACAGUUAUCCGAGUCGUUAGGCUCAGAUCACAUGCUCUUGCUGCUGCAUGUCUACAAAGCCCUUUCCCUCCUAAGGCCUCGUUCACAUCUCCUUUGCCGAAUCCUCUACCUCACCGCAGGAUCCCCACUGACUGCAGUGAGGUGUGGCAAUGAUCCGUCCGCCUUCCGGCAUUUGCGCCAAAUCUCCUAAACCGGGGAUGCUCAACCUGCGGCCCUCCAGCUGUUGCAAAACUACAAACCCCAGCAUGCCC